AUGCCAGUGUCUACCGAGCCAUUCGCAAACAACAUCGAAGCUCUCAAGUUCCAACUGGACAAAGAUGCCGCCGAAAUCGAAGAGUGGUGGUCCAAGCCACGUUGGAGCAAGACGAAACGUAUUUACUCUGCCAAAGAUAUCGCGGUGAGACGCGGCACGCUACCACCUGUGACGUAUCCAUCUUCUGUGAUGGCCCAGAAACUUUACAAACUGUUGCAAAAACACCACGACGAGGGCACGGUGUCCAAGACUUUUGGCGCGUUGGAUCCCGUGCAAGUGACGCAAAUGGCCAAGUACUUGGACACAGUGUACGUGUCGGGAUGGCAAUGCUCGUCGACUUCGUCGACGAGCAACGAGCCCGGCCCCGAUUUGGCCGAUUACCCCAUGGACACGGUGCCCAACAAGGUGGAGCACCUUUUCAAAGCGCAAUUGUUCCACGACCGGAAGCAAUUGGAAGCGCGCGCGCGCUGCAAGACGCAAGAGGAGCUGGACGCGCUGGGACCCGCGAUCGACUACUUGCGGCCCAUCGUGGCGGACGGAGACGCGGGCCACGGCGGGAUUACGGCGGUGUUCAAGCUGACCAAGAUGUUCAUCGAGCGCGGCGCCGCGGGGAUCCACAUGGAGGACCAGACGUCGACCAACAAGAAGUGCGGCCACAUGGCCGGGCGGUGCGUGAUCCCCGUGCAGGAGCACAUCAACCGGCUGGUGACGGUGCGCAUGUGCGCAGACAUCAUGCACUCGGACCUGGUGCUGGUGGCGCGCACGGACUCGGAAGAGGCGACGCUGCUGAGCUCGACGAUCGACGUGCGCGACCACUACUUCAUCGUCGGGGCCACGAACCCGGACGUGGAGGAGUCACUGGCCGAGACGCUGGACCGCGCGCUGCUGGAGGGCGCGUCGGGCGCCGAGCUGGCCAAAGUGGAGCAGGAGUGGAGCGCACGCGCGGGGCUCAAGCUGUUCCACGAGGCGUUCGCGGACGAGGUGAAGCGGCUGGGGCUGCCCAACGCGGGGCACGUGAUCGACGAGUUCAACGCGCGCGUCGGGCCCUACACGGGCACGUCGCACCGCGAGGCGCAACGCAUCGCCAAGCAACUGGUGGGCAAGGAGGUGUACUUUGACUGGGACCUGCCCCGCGCGCGCGAGGGCCUGUACCGCUACAAGGGCGGCACCAAGUGCAGCAUCAUGCGCGCGCGCGCGUUUGCGCCGUUCGUGGACCUGGUGUGGAUGGAGUCCAACUACCCGGACUACGCGCAGGCCAAGGAGUUUGCCGAGGGCGUGCGCGACGUGCACCCGGACCAGUGGCUGGCGUACAACCUGUCGCCGUCGUUCAAUUGGACCAAGGCGAUGCCCACGGAGGAGCAGCGCACGUUCAUCGACCGGCUGGGCAACCUGGGCUACAUCUGGCAGUUUAUCACGCUGGCAGGGCUGCACACGAACGCGCUGGCCGUGCACCGCUUUGCGCGCGACUUCCGCGACCGCGGCAUGCAGUCGUACGCGGAGACGGUCCAGCAGCGGGAGAUCGACGAGGGCGUGGACAUUGUGAAGCACCAGAAGUGGUCUGGCGCGGAGUACAUCGACGCGCUGCUGACGUUGGCGCAGGGCGGCGUGAGCGCGACGGCGGCGAUGGGCGAGGGCGUGACGGAGACCCAGUUCCGGGACGGGCAGGCGUGA